CCCUAAUCCAUCCUUCCAACCCCCUUGCCCUGCCACCGAGCAGCCAUCCCAAGACCAUGUAAUUGGAUAACCACAUUCCUUUUGAUUUCUUUGCCGUCUAUAUACACACUCUCUCUUCAUCUAAAAUCUAGUCCCUCAUUAAGGAGAUCCAAUCGACCAUCACCACCAUGGUAUCCAUCUACACGCCGCGUGCACGCCCAGCACGACCACACCAACACCAACACCAACGAUCACUCCUUCUCUUAACCCUACUCGCCCUCCCAUCCGUACUAGGAUCCGUGCUUCCAUCCAACGCAGAAAUAAGCAGCGGAGAGAUCGUCAAUGCGGAUCACUCCGCAGCACAUACCACCACCACAGACCAACAACUAUCACCAGAUAUCUUCACCACCACCACCCUCACCCUCCACCCCCGCACCACCAACAACAACACCUCCAUAUCCACCGACACUACCUCCACCACAACCUCAUCCUUCCCAACCGCCUUCGACACCUCCCUAACCAACAACUUCACCACAACCACCUGCUCCACCUUCUUCCACACCCUCCUAACCAACACGACCCUAACAACCUGCCACGCCAUCUCCCUCUUACUCCGCGACUCAACCUCCUUCUUCCACGCCCUCACCUCCGCCCCAACCACCUCCUCCAUCCUCGACACCGCAUGCGCCUCAGACCUCUCCACCUGCAGCACCGCCCUCACCACCUUCGCCACCUCCCUCCUCCAGUCCUCGACCUGCCUGCACGAUUACAACGCAGGCAACCAAGCCGUGGUAUCCCUCUACACAGACCUGAUCGUCUACGCGCCCAUCUACCGCGCCACCUGCCUGCAGUCCCCCACAACAAAUAACUAUUGUUUCGUGGAUGCGGUUACGAAUACCACGAAUGCCGUCGACUAUGAUGUGUAUUUCGUGCCGUAUGGGAGUGCGAUUUCGACUAAGCCCUGGCCGACCUGUAAUGAGUGUUUGCAGGCCACUUUGAAUGUGUAUAAGGAGUAUGCGAGUGUGAAUGGGCAGCCGCUGGCGGGGAGUUAUUUGCCCACGGCGAAGGGGGUGGACGGGGUUUGUGGGGAGGGGUUUGCGGAUGUUAAUGUUACAGUUGGGGUGGUUGGGGAUAGGGUUAGUAGUGGUGCUGGAGGUGGUGGUGGUGUGAAGGAUUGGAGGGGUGGAUUGGGGUUGGGGUUGGUGGUGGUGGUGGGGUGGAGUGUUGGAUGGGUGAUCAUGGGGGUAUGA